GUUUUCCGGACCUGAAUUGUCGUAUUCUUUCUUUUCAAUCCUGUCGCAAUGGCCCCAAACACUAUGAAAGCGGUUAAUUAUGUCGGCCCUCAUAAGGUCCGGGUCCAAGAGGUUGAGAUGCCCAAGCUGGAACAUCCGGACGAUAUCAUUGUCAAGGUCACGACGGCCGCUAUUUGCGGCUCUGACCUGCAGUAAGUAUACUUUUGGGGGGUGGAGAGUGACGAAAAAAUGCGCAUAAAACUUAUGAUGCUUCAGCAUGUAUGAAGGGAGAACUGCCGCCGAGCCGGGUAUUACAUUUGGUCACGAAAACAUGGGUAUCGUCGAGGAACUAGGAGAAGGGGUUACACUGUUGAAGAAAGGAGAUCGCGUUGUCAUGCCAUUCAAUGUUGCGGAUGGUCGAUGCCGCAACUGUGAUGAAGGCAAAACGGCGUUCUGCACCGGUGUCAACCCCGGAUUUGCGGGUGGUGCUUAUGGCUAUGUGGCUAUGGGCCCAUAUCGCGGAGGCCAGGCUCAGUACAUCCGAGUCCCGUAUGCUGACUUUAACGCUCUGUUGUUGCCGCCGGGCACGGAGCAUGAAGCCGACUUUGUUCUUCUCGCAGAUAUCUUCCCGACAGGUUGGCAUGGUGUCGAAAUUUCUGGGUUCAAAUCAGGAGAAAGCAUUGCUGUGUUUGGUGCUGGCCCCGUUGGCUUGAUGGCAGCCUACUCAGCCCAGCUGCGUGGAGCCUCUCGCGUCUUCGUUGUAGACCGUGUUCCAGAGAGACUGGCUGUUGCAGAGAAGAUCGGCUGUACCCCAAUUGACUUCACUAAAGGCGAUGCCGUCGACCAAAUUAUUCGCCUCAACGGCGGAGAGGUCGAUCGUUCGGUGGAUGCUGUCGGCUACCAGGCCGUAGACACCAGUGGCUCGAAGGAAAAGCCCAACAUUGUGCUUGAGAAUAUGAUCCGUGUCACAAGGGCCUGCGGAGGCAUGGGGAUUCCUGGACUCUAUGUGCCAAGUGACCCGGGUGCAUCUGAUGAGGUUGCUGCUAAGGGCGCAAUUAGUCUCAGUUUUGGAAAGCUAUUCGAGAAGGGUCUAUCUCUUGCUACUGGUCAAUGCAAUGUGAAAGCGUACAACCGGUACCUGCGAGAUUUGAUUAUCGCUGGCAAGGCAAAGCCUAGCUUUGUCGUCUCCCAUGAGAUCAGGCUCGACCAUGCGGAAGUUGCGUACGAGAAGUUUGAUAAAAGAGAGGACGGGUAUACAAAGGUGCUAAUCCAUCCGAACGGGGGAUUCGAAUCCACAACAGUGGGACAGGUUAGUUAAAACGUAUCGGUCUAUGUUCAUACGAGCAUGGUAGUUGCCUGGUGGAGGGUCUGAGUUUGCUGAGAUAAUUGGCAGGUUACGUCAAAGUUAUGAUUGAUAUUUUGGAAGUCCCAAGGCGCUAAUAGUCUGAAUUUGUUGGGUUGUGGGUUAUUUACUGGCUCUUUAUAGAAAUUUAUUUCUUUCAAUUUUCAUGAACAUUUUAUAUGUCGUAC